GUUUGUAACUCUGCAAAAAGAGUGCAGAGAGCUUGAGACACGUUAAGCAGAGGACGUGGAUGAACCCAGAGAAAAGCUGAGCCGUCCCGGCGGUGAGGAGCUGUUAGAGACUGCAAAGAGACUCCGAACUGUGGACAAUGGUGCAGCACACGGACCACAGCGAGACGGAUGGCAGCAUGUCCAGGGAGGCCACCGACUCGGAGGAGAGCGAGUUUAUGGCAUGCAGCCCCGUGGCGAUCAACCCGGACUGGUGCAAGACGGCCACCGGGCACAUCAAGAGACCCAUGAACGCCUUCAUGGUGUGGUCAAAGAUUGAGCGGAGGAAGAUCAUGGAGCAAUCCCCGGACAUGCACAACGCGGAGAUCUCCAAGCGCCUGGGCAAGAGGUGGAAGAUGCUGAAGGACAGCGAGAAGAUCCCGUUCAUCAGAGAGGCCGAGAGGCUGCGGCUCAAACACAUGGCCGACUACCCCGACUACAAGUACCGACCCAAGAAGAAACCAAAGCUGGACAGCUCCAAGCCCUCCGCGCCGUCACCGGAGAAGUGCGGGAAGAUCGCCAAGACUCCCAGCAAGAAGUGCCCCAAGAUCAAGACAAAAAGCGGCUCCAAAACCUCUCACGGUUACGCGGAGGACUGUGUGUUUCCCAGCCUAAAAGUUGCAAAAACUGUGAAAAGUGAGCUCACCGAUGAGGACGACGACGACGAGUAUGAAGAGGACUACCGGAUGGGUUUUAAAGCGGGGGAGGAGGAGCGCCUCAGGCCGUACGGCGUCGCCAAAGUCCCGGCGAGCCCGACUCUGAGCUCCUCGGCGGAAUCCGAGGGGGCGAGCAUGUACGAAGAGGUGAGGAGCCACAACAGACUGUUUUACAACAUCAAGAGUAUUUCCAAGCAGGGCGCACUGCACGCUGCCUCCGCGUCACCAGCAUCCUCCAGGUCGGUCUCCACCUCCUCCAGCAGCAGCGGCUCCUCGUCCGGAGAGGACGCGGACGACCUGAUGUUUGACUUUAGUUUGAAUUUCGCUCCGAGCGCCGCAGGCUCCGAGCUUGGUAACCCCAAUUCAGGAAACCUGUCCCUGUCUCUGGUGGAUAAGGACCUGGACUCUUUCAGUGAGGGCAGCCUGGGCUCCCACUUUGAAUUCCCAGACUACUGCACACCAGAGCUGAGCGAGAUGAUCGCAGGGGACUGGCUGGAGGCGAACUUUUCCGACUUGGUCUUCACAUACUGAAGAAAAAAAAAAAACCCAGAAACUGUUCCUCUAGUAAUAACAGAGAAGGAAGAUAUGAAAUUAUAUGUGUCCUGGUCAGAUUGUCCUAAGUCCUGCCUCUUGUGGGUUUUCUUGCAGAGGGAGGAGGACUGUGAUCCGAGGUGAGGUUUGAGAUGCUUCUGAAGCUGGUAGCAGAAAAAAAAGAGGGAAAAAAAGGCAAGGUCUGCAGACUUUUUUAUUAUCUGACAGCAUGACAGGGUUUUCUGGAUUUUUUUCCCCUCAUAGGUCUGCAUUUACUGCUCAGCUUAAACAGACCGAGAAGGGAAGAACUUCUAUGCAUCUUAUCCUCUUCAAGACAAAAACAAAACAAACUGCAGGGAGCUGAACUCGGACUGAGGACUGUCUCAAAGCAAAUCUGUGAACUGAAGAUUGUUCAGGAUGCUACUUUUCAACGGUUUGUGUAAUUUCUAAAUGCCGCAAAAAUGUUUUUAUUUUUUCGUUUUUUUUUUCUUUUUCAGGUUUGCUUUUGUUUGUUUUUUUUUUGUUUUUUUUGUAACUGAUUUCUUUUACCUCCUGGUUUGGAAAAAAAAAAAUCAAGCAGCCUAAAACCUCUGCAGAGUAUGCAGGUGCGGAGGAAACAUUUUGAUACAUAACAGACCUCAUCUUUUUAAAAGAAAAAGAUAUUUUCAGGCAUAUUUUUGUACAGUUCAAAAAAGGGAAUGUUCUUACUGUGCUUUCAGUGAGUUUCAGGCACUUCUUCCCUUUAUCCUUUUUUGUUUUUACGCAUGCAAGGUGAGUCCUGGUUUUAAGGAUUAAGUUAAACAGAAGACUUGCAUCAAAAAUGCCUUGUGAUUUUAAACUAGGUUUUGUACAGUUGUAGAGCAGAUUUGUUGAGUAUUUGUAGACGAUACAAUGGCAUCAUGGGGGAACACAUACCUCAGAGCUGGAACUAGUUUCAAGAUUGUAUAUGUACUGUAAUAUAGUAAAGUUAGGAGUUUAUGUAUAUCAUACUCGUGAUAUGUGGAUGGGUCCCGAUCGCAGGUGUGAAACUGGAUUUUUUGGUAUUUUUUAUGGCACAUACUGUUUUUUCUUCCCCCCUUUUCUCAUUUUUUUGUGCAAUAUAUACUCUUGAGAUACAGACCAUCAACAAUUGUAGCAAGUGAUGGGAAAACAGACUCGUGCACUGUCGACAUCAUCUCGGGUUAUGAUGCUGAAGCCUCUCCGGGCAGGGAAAUAAACAAAAUCAGCUGGAACUGAUACAAAGCAACUGUAAUGUGGCCUCGUGGUGUGAUGCAUGCUAAUAAAACACAUAUAUUAAUUUGAAUGUUAUUUGGAUCUCGUAAUAGGGCAUAUUAUCUUAAAAACUAAAAAAAAUA